AUGCUCUACACCCCUGGAACUAACAACUCAACAGCUGUACCGACCACUAACUUUAACCCUGAUGAGGAGAGAAUUCCUCCACUCCCCCCGACGCCUCUUGAUUUCCCCAACUACUCCCCCAACUUACCUCCAAAACCGCUAAAUGAGGAAAGCUGCAACGAGUUACAUCGGCUCCUGGCCGCAAUAAGGAAACCGCAGGAUGUUUCCCCCGCUCACCUGGAAGCUCUCAAUCUGACUGCUGAAUCCGAUAUCCCUAUAUCAGAUAUUGUUCCCUCAGGUGUCCUAAAGACUUUGCCACCAUAUCAAUGGACGGAGCAACCCCCAACCACGAACGCGUCAGAAACAGUCGAAAUUCCAAUUCCAGUGUUAAUGAGUAACGGUUGUCCGUUCCCAACCAAGGAGAGAUAUGACCUUCUAAAAGAAGAAACCCUCUAUGAUAACGAUGACGCCUUUCGAACAGUCUCUCGGCUAGCCUUUCGGCCUGGCCGUGAGAAGAUCAAGCUCACUCAGAGCAGAAAGUUCUGGGCUGGUCUUGAUCAGAUAGCACAGUAUUGGGACACGACUCUAGAUCAAUAUAUUGAGCGUCCCCCAGAUGAUGGCCCUUCCAAAGAUGGAAACGAAGCUUCGGGUAAAAUGCAUGUUGAUGAUUCACCGGCUCCUAAACGACACAUUGAUGUUGGGCAAGUAAGUAGGAAUCGUACUGUAUGCGGAGCCCAACCCACUGAAAUAAGUAAUGAACCGUGCAAAACCCCCAACACAAAAUCGACGUAUAUUGGUCGAAGAAUUGGCACAGGUCAUGAAUGCCCAGAAGAUGUACGCGAGGAGACGCUGCGUGGCUUUAUGGAAAUGAUUGCAUGGCCAUUUGGAUGCCAGGCCAGCAUUCCCACUCUACCCCCUCGCCUCCAGUUGAAAGGAAUGCUUUUCCCAGUCCGCCAAAAUUUUGUUGUUGCUCGAUCACCUCAAGACAGACAAAUUGCAAGAAAAGGCAUACUUGAGGGCCCUAUGAUAUUCGUGCAAUGCAGAGGUGAAACCUCAUUCCACGACAAGAACAACACGGCGGGGGACAGAUGUAGGGAGAUAUGUGAUCUUUUACGUGAGGUUGCUGCAAUGCUCCUGUUUGCACAAGAGAGGGCCAGGGAUGGUGCAACAGAAACACGACCUGGUGAUGGAAAAUGGUGGACCACAACGCCACGGUGGGGUGGAGCUGAUAACUCUGGUCCUGAAGCCGAUAAAUCAAAUAUCGAUAAGCCCAAAGAAGCAACCCAGGAUUCUGAAGAUCGAUUAGCAAAUAAAAGAUCCAAAUGUGACAGAACUUCACUCCCAUUUAGACGACAUGGUUCAAGCGGCUCAAAAAAAUUGAGCGUCGCCGAGAGAUGGAAAAUAUUACAACCUGGUCCAAGCAUGUGGGAUAGGAAAAUGAGGUAUACACAGAUUGGGACAGACAGGGUCUCUUCAUUUGAUGAUAUAUUCAUGGUAUCCUCGAUCAACCACCACUUUUCAAUUCUUCAUCUCCGCGUCCACUCGAAAUACCUGGAAUGGUUGACAACUGGUAAGGUCAACGUCGAGGACGAGACAGGAGACAGCUGUGGAACUCCAUGGUACGCCCUCCAGUUGCGCCGAACCAGAUGGCUCGAUCUCCUUGAUGCAAAUGACAGGUUAGAAGGCCUGAAUGGGCUUUGGGCGCUAUUCUCCUGGCUUAUGAGAUAA